UUCGGUGUUUUCCUCGUUGCUCCGUCAGAGCCCUCUUCGGUUCGCAACUGUGUUGGCUAUCGCCAUUGUUCUUCUGACAGUGCUAAUGUGUUCACGUGUUUUUCUCCGUCUUCCCGUGGAUCUAUCGUAGCCAUUAUCGGUGGUACGGUGAUCAGUGAUCCGUUUUGUUAACGUUCAUUAGGAUGUAACGAGCAUUCACCGUGACGCUCUGUAAAAAUAAUGUAAUAUGAUAAUCGUAUCGGUUGGGAGAACCAUUAAUUUGUGCUUGUUCCUUUCAAACUAAAGGAACAUGUACUAUCUAUACGGUGGCUUUUAACGUGAUAUUUCUUAUGAAAGAAUUAUUACGUGUAGGAUGGCAAAAGACGAAGGGGACGACCUCUUGCCAGACAAGGACGCGGCGAAAGGAUUCUACGCAAAAUAUGAACCAAAAGAAAUCCUUGGAAGAGGAAUAUCUUCCACUGUUAGAAGAUGUAUAGAAAAAGAAACAGGUAUAGAGUAUGCAGCUAAAAUCAUAGAUAUUAGUAAUGAAACAAAUGAUGAUGGACAUACUAUGAAAGAUGCUACAUUACAGGAAGUGCAUAUUCUUCGUAGAGUAGCUGGUCAUCCUUAUAUUAUUGAAUUGCAUGAUGUCUUUGAGUCUAGUACAUUCAUCUUCUUAAUUUUUGAAAUUUGUAAAAAUGGAGAGUUAUUUGAUUAUCUCACAUCUGUUGUUACUCUUUCUGAGAAAAAGACACGUUAUAUCAUGAGACAAGUGUUUGAGGGAGUUCAACAUAUCCAUAAUCAACAAAUAGUACAUAGAGAUUUGAAGCCAGAAAAUAUAUUACUAGAUGAUAAUCUAAACGUGAAAAUAACAGAUUUUGGUUUUGCUAGAGUACUGAAAGGGGAAGAUAAAUUAUAUGAUCUUUGUGGUACUCCUGGAUACUUGGCACCAGAGGUACUAAAAUGCAAUAUGUUUGAAAAUGCAGAAGGUUAUAGAUAUGAAGUUGACAUAUGGGCCUGUGGAGUUAUUAUGUUUACUUUAUUGGUUGGUUGCCCUCCAUUUUGGCAUAGAAAGCAAAUGGUCAUGCUUAGGAACAUUAUGGAAGGGAAAUAUUCAUUUACUUCUCCAGAAUGGGCAGAUAUAACAGAAGCCCCUAAAGAUCUGAUAAGAAAGUUACUAGUCAUUGAGCCCAAGAAGAGAAUUUCUAUUAAGGAUGCAUUAAAUCACUCAUUUUUCCACACAGUGCUGUGGGAUCAAGACAUCGCUCCUCUAAAACGUUCACUAUCGUCUAAUUCUCGACGUCUGAGUAGGAUAUCUCAGUUAGCUUUGGAAUUGAAGGCAAAAUCAUUUAAUGCAAGGAAAAGAUUCCAGUUAGCUAUCAUUUGUGUUCGUGCGGUUGUUCGUAUUAAACGGCUUCAUACAACACCCGAGCCUCUUUCAACACAAGUGGCGUGUACUGAUCCUUACAGGAUUAAAAUUUUACGAAAGGUCAUCGAUGGUUGUGCAUUCAGGGUUUAUGGUCAUUGGGUGAAGAAAGGAGAAGGACAAAAUCGAGCAGCACUAUUUGAAAACACACCAAAGACAGAACUGAAGCACCUUUAUGUUAGUAAUUUGAGCAGAUAACCCCAAUGCUUUAACAAAACAUUCUUUAGAUAAAAUUGUUAAUUCUUAUGUUAGUAAACGUUUACAGUAUCUAAAAAAAAAA